CCAGCGUUUCUUACCUUCUUGUCGCGUCUCUCAGCCUCGUUGUCUGGCGGUGAACUCUCACCCCAGCUGCUUGGGAAAUGUCAUACAGCAGGCAGAGGCCCGUGCUGCAGUAGGGGGGCGUAAUAGGAGGAAAAAAUAACAACAUUUUUUUUUUUUUUUUUACUGCUCUCACUGCAUCUUUUAUCCGCGUCUCUGCCGUGCAAGUGCCACAUCCCGCUACCAGCAGCAGCAGCCGCCGCCGAUGACCCAUCGCAGUCUCAAUGCUUAUUUCGCAUUAGGGCUAAUAUAAAAAAAUCCGUGCCAGACAUGGGGGAGAACAUGAUGCUUCUCUUCAAGAUGUCGGCCCAACAGACUAACUGGCUUGUGACGACGAUGCCCAGUCGAAGAUCCUGGGAUUGAGACGUGAAUCCCUUUACACUGAUGGCCUGGACUGAGUUUCAGCUGGCCUGCUGAAGCUAUGGGGAGCUGUUGGAGCUGUCUGUACAGAGACCCCAUCCGAGACAACCAUCUCACCAAAUUUAAGGUCACCAAUGUGGAUGAUGAGGGCAACGAGCUGGGCUCUGGGAUCAUGGAGCUCACCCAGACCGAGCUCAUUCUUCACACACGUAAGAGAGAUGCCAUCCGGUGGCCGUAUCUCUGCCUGCGCCGCUAUGGCUACGACUCCAACCUGUUUUCUUUUGAAAGCGGUCGUCGCUGUCAGACUGGGCAGGGAAUCUUUGCAUUCAAGUGCUCCCGUGCAGAGGAGAUCUUCAAUCUGCUUCAGGAGCUGAUGCAAUGUAACAGCAUCAACGUGGUGGAAGAGUCGAUGAUAAUGAGUCGCAGUGGUCACACACCAGAGAUGGAAAUGUCUCGCACACCACAGACUCCCAACACUCCAGCGUUCCCUGUCCAGGCUUUUCCCAACGGCUACCCUGGUUAUCCAAUCAGAGGUGAUUCCUCUCAGCCCUCUCUUGCUGAUGAUCAUGGUCAUAGCCUCAUGGGUUUGGAAGACCAGACCCACACCUAUGUAAAUACUGUUAGUAUGGAGGGGGAUCUCUCUAUGCGUCACUGUGUGCACUCCCUGCCUGAGGUGCGGCCCAGCUCUUUCCCUGAAACAACACGGGGAGCCAUGCCUGUCGGGGGCCAAGGAAAUCCGCAGUCCAACAUGCGGUGCUGUCCCCUGGAGGAGCAUAAUGAUCCUCAGGUGUUCUUACAGCCGUCCUCGCAGGAGGUCAAAUUCAUGCUGGGCCCCACACCGGCACAACGCCAUCUGCUGGAGAGAGAGCGGGAGAGAGAGAGGGAGAGGCAUGGGCACAAUCCUCACAACCUUCAGCCAGUAGAGGGUGCAACAGGCUCAGAGACGGAGGGAGACGAGCCCUCUAUGCACCUGUGCAACUCUCACUCCUAUCAUCAUUUCCAUCAUCACGCACACCGGCACCCGGGCCUCGAGCACCCAGACAGCUGCCAAAGCGGGGAACUCACCUACGAGAACAUCAACGGGCUGAGGAGCGGCCGGAAGCAGCGGCUGAGUCCCAGCAGCGUGUCUCAGUCUGUGGGUUCUAGCAGCAGCAGCAGCACUGGGGACAGUCACACCCACUCCCUCCUGCACCCACACUCCCUCGGCCCAUCGUCUCUACCCCCGCAGGGUUACCCCUGCGAGAGGGGCAUGGGUGGAGGUCAUCGUCGGACAGCUCUGCUUAACUACGAGAACCUGCCCUCUCUGCCACCGGUGUGGGAAUACAGCGCUCUGCAGCGGGACGACGAGCAGGAGGAGGAAGAUGAUGAGCAGGAUGAGGAAGAAUAUGAGGAAGAGGAGGAAGACUUUGAUGAGUAUGAGUUCUCAGAAGGCCCUGGGACACCCAACGGGUACCACCAGGAUGGUCGGGGCAUCCACAGAGAUGCCCUGCAGAACUAUGUCAACACAGAGCAGGUCCAGCCGCCCCGGCUCCGACACGCCUGCCCCCCGCAUCCACGGCCGUGUCAGCCAGACAGAGGGGGGCGAAUAUUUAGCUUUGAUUUCCGCAGACGAUCGAGGUCAGGGGUUGGAGGCUGUGAGCACGGCCACAUGCCUCCAUCGCGGCAGCUGAAUUACAUCCAGGUGGACCUAGAGGGAGAACCUCCCUGCCAAGCCCUCAGCGGCGGGGGUGCCCAGACCCAGCCACAGCACCAGCGCCUACCACCCAAAAAAUGUGGCCCGCAGGCACCCCGGCGCAGUGAAUGCUACGCAGUCAUUGACCUAAAGAAGACCGCUGCCAUGUCCAACCUGCAGAAAGCUCUGCCCAGGGAUGAUGGGACUUCCAGAAAGACUCGCCACAACAGCACAGACCUGCCUCUGUAAACGGUGUUCAGACUGAAGAGGAACGAUGAAGACAGAUGAAGGCUUAUCCUCAUCUUAGCACACUGGACCCUUCACUGUCAUCCAUCCAUUCAACUGUCGGGCUGACUAAUACAGUACAGGUACCUAAUUAGAAACUUACUGAAACCUAUCUGUGCAUAUAACAGGAAAUGAGGAAUCUUUGAGGAGAAUUUGCCAUUUUAUUCUGUGUUAUUUAUUAGAUAUGUGGUGUGAAGCUCUCUCGAGAAAUUGGCAGUUUGCUGGAUAUAUGGAUAUUUAAAUAUAGGCAUAAAAUCAUAUAAACUUGUAUAUGAUUUCAUGCUUAGCUAUGACUUAGAGCAGAGACCUCUGUUUUCAGUGGAAGCAGUCAUUGCCAUACUGUAUUAGCAAACUUUAAUUCAUGAACCCAUCUCCACUCACACAUUAUUGUUCCUAUCAUUUAGUUAUUUUACAUCCAUGUGGUUUUUUACUUAAAUACUAUGAGAGGCAAAAAUGUGACCUCGUUGCAGGAGAAGUUGGCGUGAAGGAAGGUUAAUGGUUCCUCCAAGAUACUGGCCAAUAUUCAUACCUCAUCACAAGCAUCUAAGUCUGAACAUGUGGCUAGUAAAAGAGACCAUUAUUUGUUCAUAUAUGCCUAUAGAGCAUUUUGCACACAAUCCUAUGGAAUUGUAUUUUAUCAUAUUUAAGGGAAUGGUGUCGUCCAGUCCAAAAAAAAAAAAAUUAUGGAGUUAAGUGAACAGAAGAGAUGGUGAUAUUUGCAGAGUUAUACUAAACUGAAUGAUGGUAAAAGUAGCACACAUGGAUGAAACGAGCUCCGGCUCCCUCCUAUCCACAUGCAGCAAAUGAAAAAGUAGCAUAUCAUCUUUGAUCACAUCCUUCUGCACCUCAUCCCAGACCUGCAGGAGGUCCGCGCGGUUUACGCUUGUCACGUUGCACUUUUGACCCUGGGCCACUGAAACGCUCUUUGUCUCUACUCCCACGCCGCUGGAGCCACAGCUUCGACCGUGUCCUUUUUACCAAAAGCAGGGGGCCUAAUAUUUCACGCACAUUCUUAGUCAGCAUCGUAGGUAGGAUUUAUUUACAUGCUUUGAUGGUGACAUCAACAACCUCAAAUAGUGGCAUUAAGCUAUAACCUCACAUAAAAAGUGCUGAAUAUGUAAUUUGUCAGUUAUCAGGUGUGAAUGCUGUUAAAGGGUAAUCAAGUAUGUCGCAGAGUCAUGACGUGGAGAUUUUUGUGAGGCUAUUUAUCAACCUUGGUCAGAUAUUUAUUUAUUUAUUUAUUUAUUCAUUCUUUUGUUUCUGAUUGUAAUAAUUUUGUUUUCCAUGUGACGACCAGCGUUUUGUAAUCCAGUUGGUAAUGCGGAGACCAAAGUUUCACCUCAAAUUAUCACUGGACUCUGGUGUAUUACUGUUAUAACUGUGCUUAGUUAUAUUUAAAAAGAAAAAAAGAGACUGUAUUUAUAUUUUAAGUGCCAAAACUUAUUUGCAAACUGUAUGAUGAAUAGAAAUCAAACGUGCCAUAAGGAUUUGUAGGAAACAAUAGGACAGAGAGUUAUGAGGUGAAUACAGUCCGGAGAUAAAAACAGAAAAAUCCAACUUUUCAAGGAUUAUAAUUAAAAACGAUAAAAACUGCACAUUCCACCUCAUCCACAUCGACAGCCAUCUGGGAGCGAGAUCUAAGAAUGGUGAUGUUGUAGUCUGAUAAUCACAGCCAGGGUGGUUUUAUGCUGCUACAUGUACAUAUUAACAGUAGCCCCUGUAGGCUACAGGUACCUGUCAAAAUGAAAACGUUAUGUGUUUGAACCUAUGCGAUGUCAGAUCUUUUACCAUAUUGUUAAUUGCUAAUAGAAGUAGCAUUGUUGUGUUCUUCUGGGAUCAUUUAUGAGCAGUAGAAAUAUAUAAUGUACCAUUUCAGAGAACGUUUCAUUUGGCAAGUAUUUCAUUUCAUUGAUUGUUUUUCUGGACAAACUGGCUGUCUGAGAGCUGACGGAGGCACAAGCCCACUGACGCUGUCAUGUUUUUGUUGAGCGCUCACAUCAAGGUGAUAUUUUCCAGCUGACGGAGGAGCUUUUACACAUGUUUAGGCCUUCAGAUGCCGACUUAGCUGUAGUUCCUUCAACAGAGCAUUCAAGAGAUCAGUAUGGGACACAAAUACAAACUCUCAACUUCUGAUGAGGAGGGUUUUUUGGCUUCUGUGUGACAUCAUGUGCAAAUCAAAGAUGAUUCAAAAAUAUUUAUGCAUGAUUAUUGCUUCUGAUUGCUGCUGUAUAGAUAUUUAUUUUACAUUAAAUAUAUUUAUUUAGAUAUUUCAUUUAGAAUGAUAUAAAACUGAAAAUCAGUCAGAGGAAAACUAGUUCCUAAACUCACAUAAUCUAUUACUAUUACUGCUAUUUUUUUUUUCAAAUUAUUAUUUGCUAUUUAUUUUUAGACAUGAUACAGUUUCAUUUUAUGACUUUUAUGUUUUUUUAAUAACCAAAAUUGUUCAGUCAAUACAAUGCCAGAAAAUGUGGAAAAAUGCACACCAGUCUCUAAAUUACAAUACCAGUACCCUUUAAGUGAUACUGAUGCCAACAGAGUACUUUAUUUGAUACCUUUUUAAAAAACUUGAUUUAAAACCCAUCAUGUGGAAGGAGUGGCGUAUAAUAUAGCCAUUUUUUUCAAGGGUUUUGGUCCAUGUCGAUACACUGAACUGCCAACUCUGUCUAAUACACUGCGCUCAACCUCACCACACCACAGACUGUAUGGGUUGUAGUUGCUGAGGCAGUGGGUCAGUCACACCUUGCAUUAGAUGGAGAAAUGCUUUUUUUUCUGGAUUAAGGCUGGGUUAGGCAGAAGUCUGGAAACGGCAAAAAAAAAGAUCAGAAUUUCCUCCCCCUGCAGAUUCGCCUUUCUGUGCUAAGCCCCUCCCACCAAAUGAUCAUGGUAUAUGUUAAAGUUACCUUCACAAAGGUGAACUUAAAGCCACUGCCAUGACUGUUUAGCUCUGAUUAGCAGAGGGCGAAACUAUUAGCAGCAUUCUCUCUUCAUCUCUGAAAUGCUUUGCCGAUACUGACACGUGUUACAAUAUAUUGUGUUUAACUUCAGACUCUCCUUUAGACUCCCGUUUUGGGUUGCUUUGCAGUGUCGGCAGUUGUUGCUAAUGCUGGAAUAGCAACUUUGCAGGAUUCUCCGCUACUGAAUCAGACUGUCAUCAAACAGACGUGCACACACAUCUGCAUUUGUAGAAUAGCCAGUAGGAGCGCCCCCUUGCUGAAGUGAUCUGUGAUUGGCCAAAGUCUCGCGUCACAGGCUAGAUUUUCCAAAGAUUGAAAACAGAGCCAAGAGGAGAUGCUGAAAUCAAUGUUUUACUCUCAGUCCACUUGCAUUACAGUAUGCUCAAAGUUUAUUGUGGGUUUUUUGCCCAUUGAAGCCAAAAUUAAACUCCCUACCCCAGCUUUAAUCUGUAAAUUGUUUGGUACACAAAAAGCCUAUCACAAUUUUCCUAAACCCCAAGGUGAUGUCGUCAAGCGGCUUGUUUUGUCUGACCAACAAUGCCCAAAUGUUUUCCAUUUACAGAUAUAAAACAGACAAAAACAAAAAAUAAAAUGAAAUAAAAAAUAAAUACUACUAAAUACUACUGCUACUGGUUUGAUGGUAACAAUAAUGAUAGAGUUUUAGUGUCUGAUAAACAUUCCCAACACAGAAGCUUUAAAUAACCCCAAAUGAAAAAUUGAUGCUUUGUAUUUUUGUUCCGCCAUCAUAUUUUAAUAUGACAUUUUUAAAAAAGUAUCUUCUAUCACAAAAAGGCCAACUGUUAGGGGACAUUUUUGAGUGUGUUUGCGAAGAUAUUGUCAUGAUACAUUGGAAGGAUGUUUACAUUUUUGCAAUAAUGGGUGAAUUCUUGUUUUGUCGAUCUAAAUCAGACUGAUGUGUGAAGUGUGACUUUUAAAUAGUAGUCUACGUAUAGAGCUGUGGGCUUAAUGUAUUUAAUCGCCUGUUCUUCUGUGAAUCAGCAGUCUUAUUUUGAUUUCAGGUACAAUGUUUACCUUUCAAUCUUCAUAGUGCGAUCUCAGCUAUGAAAGUUAAAAAAAAAAAAAAAAAAGAUGCCUGUUUUCUUGAUUGUCAGACACUGUGUUUGCUUAAACUCACAUUAACAGUGCCAUACAGUAGGUGACCAUUGCCAGUACUUAAAUUCAGUUUUAUUGUAUUGAACUUUUCAAACCAGUGGCUAUGUUUCAUCCAGGAAACAGAAAGUGUUUCAUCUAAUUUCUCAGAAUAUUGUUACAUGUGGUUUUAUGGUCAUUUUUAAAAAAAAAUCCAUGUUUAAAUGUGUUAGCUAUCUUUGUUAUAACGCAGUAACCUCACCAACACCCAAACCAGUGAUUACAGCAUCAUUACCACAGACUCCUUUGUUUACCGAUUAAUAAUCAAAGUAAAUAGAUGUGCUAAAUCAUUUAAAAAAAAAAAAAACGCUUUUGUGAUCUAAUUGCACUUGAGUUCAAACAAAGUGCAGCUCCCAUCCCAUUACUCAUUGUGACUGACUCGGGGGUUGAUGAUAUCUGAAAUGUGUAAUUCUCAGUCACCUUCACUGUUUAUGCUCUAGGCGUAAAUUCACACAGGUGUCAGUGAAAUUUAUCAGGUGUCGCCCAGGGGUGUGAUUGGUUUUUCAGGGCAGGAUGACACAAAGUUCCUCAAACUGAAUUUAUUGGAUGGGAUGUUAAACAAUAAAAGGACUUGCUCUGUGUUUACUGUACAAACAUGAACGCCAUGAAGUCCAUUUUAAUAAAUUUCUCACUGUGCCUUUCAUAUUCAAACUGGAGAAACAUUUUCGUCGCUGUUUAUGAGAGCAGCCUGCUGUUAAAAAAAACGAAGCCACAUGUUGAAAGUUUAGAAACAAAGUUGAAGGGGGCCUGUGGUUUCAUACUUCAAGCUGUACUUGAAGUUGUGUUUGAAAAAAGUGCCAACUCCUGAUUGUUUUACACCAUACUGUAUUUUACAAAUGUCUGUUUAAAGGAAUGUUUGGAAAUUCUGGGGAAAAUGCAUAUGUGCUUUCUUGCCAAGUUUGAUUGGAAGAUUGAUCCCACUAUUGUGUCUGUGCACUAAAAGUAACACUGAAAACACUCCAAGCAGUGGCAAAGUGUGGCCUGCGGCAAGCUGCCAUGUAAUAUCUAUGGAAUGCUGCGGCGGCCUGUGGCCAUUUGAUUCUGUGGCAAACUGCGGCCAAACUAAAAGUUGAGUGUGUUUUAACUUUUAGUGGUAAAUUGUGGUCAGAGAAUACCAGUAGCCAGUAUGUAAACAGAGUCCUGUGACUCCUGUGACAUGUUGACUGGUGUUACAAAGAAUUUCCUCCUACCUGAAACACAUGAACACGCCCCCCAGCAGCAGAAAAAUAUAAUUAUAGUGGCAAACCACACUUCAAGGCUGCUUGACGUGUUUUCGACGUAAGGCUACAGCUCAUAGAUGGUUAUGUUAGCUUAGCAUAUAAGCAGUUGCUAGGAAACCAGCAGUAACUCCAGGAAGUCACUGCCCCCAGCCAUGAAGUAAUUCAGCACACAGUCUCGUAACCCAUUGGCGGUCAGUCAGCAGCGAUAAACCUCUUGAGGCUAGGGCCAAUAUUUGGAGAGCUCCAGUGUAGCCAGCGGAUAUCCGGAUCGAGACUUCCCCCUCUGGGCAGAGGCCAUUUUGGUUAAUCUCUAUAAACAAAUAUCUACACAUAUGAACUAGAGCACUCCGAGAGCGCAGACCUCCGCCAAGCAGCUCGGAUUUCCCGCCAUUUUAUUAUUUUAUCCACGUUGCUUCAACCGCUCACCACCAAAAUUUUAUCAUCUGUUCCUUGUCUCAUUAUCAACAUUUCCUGAAAAUUUCAUCAAAAUCCGUUCAGAACUUUUCGAGUUAUUUUGCAGACAAACAGACCAAUGCUAGCGAAAACAUAACCUCCUUAGCGGAGGUAAUUAGGGGUUGGAAUCACCAGAGGCCCCAUGAUACGAUAUUAUCACGAUACUUAAGUCACGAUACACUAUUAUUGUGAUAUUAAAAGUAUUGUGAUAAAAUUAAAUAAAUAAAUAUAUUGCUUUUUAUUAACUUUGUCCAACUGUAAAUUGUGUCCCAAAAGGAAAACUCUAUCAACAUCUGUUUAUCUUAUAAGAUAGUUUUCAGUCUGUCAUCUUGCUUUUUUUAAACUGCAUCAAAAAUGUAUCUAGUGAGCUGAAAAAGUAUUAAUUUUAUAUUCUAGUAGGCCACCAAAAGCUUAAUUUCCACUUGUCAUAUUAGUAAUUUCUAUGAUAAACAAGUUGUUACUUGGCGUCCGUGUAUCGAUACGAUGUUGCCACACAAAAAUAUCGCGAUACUAUGCUGUAUUGAUUUUUGCCCCCACCCCUAACAUAAAUGACGAUAGCUGAUGGGUUCCCAGAUUGCAUUCUGGACUCUCCACACAGACUGUUUACUUGCCCCUCAAACAUGAUUGGUCAAAACUACUCAGACUACAAACGGAAACCAACAUCUUGUCCCGUUGCUACAAAUUCUGCAAACAUAUGCACAUAUCUGCUCAUAGAGGUUAUUCGUCACAAAAUCAUUGCUCAUCAGACUGAUUCAGAAUGAGAGCGAUACCAAUCUUCUCAUCAAACUCUUGGCAGGAAAACAAAUAUCUUAAGCAUAUCUCCAAAACUGUUGAACUACUCCCUUUGGGUUUUUGACAUUAAAUUUGAAUGAGUCAUCAUUUGUUGAGAUUACACGAGUCAUGAUCUUAAUAAUCUGUUCAGUGGUUUAGGAGUGAAAAUAUAGCCAAACUCGGUGUGACUGAGAAGGUGUUGAAUCAUGACUAGUAUGUUCUGUAGCAUAUAAUGUUAAUUAUGAGUAAAGACUACUGUGUGUUUGUCAUUAUGAUGUCAUGUGCACUCCAUGAUUCCUCAUCAGCUGCCAUUUCUUGUCAUAGUGCUGAAGAAUGUGAAAAUAAAACUCCUUUCAGAGAUGUUUUUUUUGUAUACUUUUGUAAUUUGUAACCACUGAAAAUGUGUAAUGUAAGCUGGGUUACGAGAGUAUAGGAGGAACAGAGAGAAAGGCCGCAACACGGUUUGCACCACAGCGCUACAUGCCAUCUUCAUCAGUGGUUUUUCAUCAUCAUCAUCAUCAUCAUCAUCAUCAUCAUCUUAAGUGAUUCUGUAUCAUCAUCAGAAAUUACAUAUUGUAAAACCUCAACUUCCUGUCCAUGCUAUGAGAUAGAUCUCUGUCAAAAUACUGAAAGUAUCAGAAAACUGUAAUAUCUCUUUAUUAUUAUUAUUAUUAUUAUUAUUGUGGUUUUUUUUAAUCUGGUUUGUUUUUGUCUGGUAUGAGGGUGUGCUCACCACCAGAGGGUGAUGUACAUGUACGGGUCUGAGCUGUACAUUUUUGUGUAUUUGCAUACAGGUUGCAUUGGCCUAACUUUGUGACUAUUAUAUCAAUUUACGAAUCGAAUGAGUGCCAAAUAUGCUCGAGCAUGACAAAAUCCGGGACCUACAAGGAACUGCAGGUACUCUCUGACUCAUCGGAGUCAGACACGAGUGACUCGCUGCUGUUGUAGACUCUACUUGUGAUACAAAUGCACAGCUGAAGGUUUAACCAUGCUAAAUAUUUUUGCUGGAAGGGGGGGGGGGGUUCUCUUUGUUUUUGUCUCAGUUUGGCAAAAGUUUAUUCAGAUAUUUGUUGUAUGUUUCUGUGUUUCCAUCCAUGGCUUAUAAAUGCGGUGAUGGUCUUAUCAUGCUGCCAUUAGAGGUGAAUAUUAAAAGCUGAUUUGCUUCAUUUGUUGGACUGUCAAAAAGAAAACAUUUGGGUCAUCUUCAUUCUUGAAUCAUUCCACACAGAGAUGUAUGUUAUCUGACCUCUUCAUCCCACUCUGUCCCAAAACAAAGUGAGCCUGACAUUUGGUGACUUUUACCCUGAAUUUUAUCAAUUAUAGUGUGAAUUUGUCCAAAAUGUAAAAGUAAAUGUAAUUCUAAUAUUAAAAUGAAGCUAUGAAAAUAUCUUAUUGCGCACUAAACAGUGUCUAAUUUUUUUUCUUUAAGUCAAACCUUUAAUGUUUCAAAGAAUCGAUAAAUGUAUUUGAGUGAAACAAAGCAUUUCCCCUCCUGGAUCACGUGCCUCUUCAGUUCAUUACAUGUAAAUUUUUAACAUUACAACAUUUACAAGAUAUUUUUUAAGGUAUUCCUAGAAUAUUUUUAUAAAAUAUACCAGGCUGCUCAACAAUCAGAACAGUACAAGACUUUGAAAAAAAAAAAAAAAAUCUUUUUUUAAGAGUGAAAGAAACGAGUCAGGUCAACACAGCUGAUGUGAACACCGAACCUUUUUGGGCUGAUCAAACCUGAUCACUUUUGGAGGUGAAAUGCUUUGUUUGCUCGUGUCUAUUUAUUAUUUUCUGAGGAAACAUUGAAGACAGAUGUGAAACGAGCCUGUUAAAAUGUGUAUAAGACAACACUCAAACCAUUGUGUGAAUAAUCAUCCUCCAGCCCAGCAGCUGAGAGAAACUGCGUUGUGCGAGGGAUUUCUGUACCCUGAGGAGAGAAAUGAUGUUAACUGUGUCAACACCAUCCAAAGUAGAGUUUUGUUCAGAGUAUGUACAGAUGUCUGUAGCUCAAAAACCUGCCCAGGAUAUAUUACUUUUUAUCCAAGUGGACACAAUCAUGUUUCCCAUUUUUGCUUAAACCAGAAAUUAAACCGUGAUUUUACUCCACAAUAGUUUUUGCAGCUGAAUAUUAACUUCUUUUGAGCAUGUAAUUAGUGUCUGCCAGUGUAUAAACAAUUUUAAUAAUUUGAUGUACAGAGAGCAUGGUCCUUGUUAGCUCUAGAGAUUUACAGCAAACUGUAAAUAUAUGCCUUAAAUAGUAGCUGUCUUGUCUUGUGUUCGUAUGUCUGUCUUGUUUUAUGGUUACUGAAUUACUGUAUCAAA